AUGAGACCUGCCGAAGCAACUACUCUCCACAUUAUCUAUUAUGAGCCUGAUGAAUCAAAUCCUUCGGAAUGGUAUAAUCCUGAUUACUCUUGGUAUUGUACUGGGUAUAUUAAAAAUAAAGGAGAAGCAAAAAACAAUUCUGAACCUAGACCGUUUCUAUCCAUGAAAAAGAAUCCAGAACAUGCAAGAGAAUUGCUUACCUGGAUUCAAAAUGCAAUAGCGAUUGAAAAGUUGCGCAAUCCUGUCUAUAGUAUUAAUGGAAAACGUAGUACAGAUGUAUUUAGUAAAUUUUUAAAGCCAUAUGGUAUUACAGCUAAAAGAUUAAGAAAAAUCAGAGGUAAACAUGCUUCUAGAGUUCAUGGUGCUCAAAAUUCAACUUCACAACAUCUUGCUUUCCUCAGCAGGAUUGCAAUGAGGCAUAAGAUGGAUCGUCAUGAUUCUGGAAUGUAUUAUGCCGAAGGUGAUACUUCCGAUUCUGAUCUUGACUCAAAUCUAGAGCCUGAACCCAAAACUCAAACUUUCACACCCAAGCCAAUUAAUGAGAAUACUUCUGAAAUUAAGGAUAUCUAUGACUUAUAUGGGAGUAUCUAG